UUUGUCUUUUUCUUUCAAACACCACAAAGGCAUCAUAUCCUGCAGAGCUUAUCGGCGACUAUGGAAUCAUCUCUACCUGAAUAGAUAUUUCUCGAUAUUCCCAUCGCAGACGUCAUCAACAAAACGGCUAAAAUGCGACUAGUCGAGCCAUGGGCAUCUCGGUACUGCACAACCAUCUCUGGAGAGCGCUACGGUGAUGCAAUCUGGGCGCGGUACCAUAUAGAUGGACGCGCCACAGGUGGUAUCUACUCAGAUCUGCGCGAUAAUGGUGAUGGGCCGUUUGAGUUACACGAAACCAGUGUUUACGACUUGGUUAUGGAAGAUGCCCGAGACCGGGAACUUGCGGAAGGUAACCCGGAACAUUAUAGCGUGACACUUCGAUUCUAUCGCGAUUCAAGUCCCAAUGGUGGUCGACGGGAUAUUAUUGAAGGACCUUUCAGGAGAGAGUCGUCUUGCCAAGCUAAUGGGUGAGUGGGAAUCAAUGUGCUGCAGGUAAUCCAGAAGUCUCCCAUAAGCAGUCGUAGUUGUUGAUUCACGUGCUGGCUAUAUCAAGUCCACCUACCGAUCCCGGCUUGCUUGAAAUUCUAA